AUGAUUGGUAUUUUAAUCGUCCUAUGUAUUUUUACCCUUGCUUAUUUUCUUGGAUAUUAUAUUUACGAUAAUUAUUUUCGUGCUGAAUACGUACCAUAUGAACUAUUGAAAAGUAAACGUGUUAUUAUAACAGGAGCUAGUCGAGGAAUCGGUGAACAAUUUGCCUAUGAAUAUGCGAAACACGGUACCUGUCUCAUCUUAGCAUCACGUCAGUUAAAGGAUUUGGAAUCGGUGGCACAACAGUGUCGGCAGUUGGGCUAUCAAAAAGUAGAAUGCGUCCAAUUUGAUGCAGGUGAGCAAAAAUCAUGUCAAAAUCUCAUCGAAACGUCCUUAAAACAUUAUAAUGGAAUCGAUAUUCUUGUUUUAAACCACACACAAUCUGUAUAG